AUGGCACCCAAAUCUCUCUCCGAGAUGGCUUCGGCCGUCGCAACCAAGAACAUCAAGUCAAUCAUCAGCAUUGGCGACCUCCACUUUCCGGCCGUCCGUCACAUCCUCAUCAAGAUUGACAGCGCCGCGCAGCUGCGUCGCAUCGAGCUCAACUGCCCCCAGCUGCAAGGCGAGACGGGAGAGCUCUGGCUCCGGCUCAUCGAAAAAGACUUCCCACUCGAGCUCAAAGCCAACGGCUACAAGCCCAAGAGCGAAGACAAGUGGUACAAGGUCUGGUCAAAGUACAAAGCAGAACACGACCACUCCCUCCAAGCCUCCGAGGAGCAGCUCCGCGCCGCUUUCAUGGGCCUGCAAAAAAACAAGGAGCAGAACACGAGCAAAAUCGUCGAGGGCCGCUUCCUUCCUCAGGACGCCAUACGCCACAAGAAGCGCAACACGGGACCCAAGGACAACACGUCCAGCGUCUUCAACUUUGGCGCAGGCAGCCGCACCAAGACCCUCACCGCCGCGGGCGUCAUGCGAAAGGCCCGCCGCGAGGCCAAGGAGGUCCGCAACAUCCAAGGCGCCCUCUCGCGCUCCGUCACCACACCCAUCCGCGUGCUGGAGAGGCAGCACCUCAAGGCACCCCCUCCUGCCAUGGUGCGUGAGGCCCGCAUCGCCGCCCAGCCCGCCUUCCGCACUCCGGAGGCGGAAAAACGCGAGCAGCACAUCCGGGAGAUGGAGAAGAGGCGCAGCGCGACUCUGUCGGCACAUGCCCUGCGCGCCGCCUACAUCACAGACUCGGAGGAUGAAAACUCUGAUGAGGACGAGGCCCCUCCACCACGCAAGGCAACCAAAAAGCCCUCUGCUCCUCCUCCUCCUGCACGUGCACAACCCGUGCCUGCAGCAUCGCAAGCCAAGCUGUCUGCCCCAGCCCGCAAACUGCCCGGCUCUGGCGGCAGCAUGUUCCAGCGCAAAUUUGCCCCUGGCAAGGGCACUGCCAAGGUUUCUCCCCCCAAGCCUCUGCGCACUACAAACACCACUGUUGCGGCGGCACAGGCUUUGCCCACCGGCAAAAAGCGCACCAACAGCGAGGCCAACCUGGAUGCAGGUCCCUCUACCCCCACCAAGCGACCUGCCACUGGGCAGCAGCCUGCGCUGGUCUCGCCCGAGCUGUCUCCUCUGACCAAGCAGCGCAGCUCGUCGCAGGAGAUCAGGGAGAGUCUGUCGCCCAACAGGGAUUCUUCACCUCCCAAGGCUGUGCCCCGCAAGAAGAAGACCGUCAAUAUCUUCAUGAAGCGUCCUGUCAAGCGCACUUGA